AUGGCGGAUCAACGAAUCCAGUACGACAGGAAGUCCAGCAAGGUGACGACAUUCAACAUUGCGGCUCCUACGACGACUGGUACAACACGUGGUCGUCCCCGCAACCGAUCCCGGGACACAGCCAGUCCCAAAGUCGUAGUAGGUCCAUGCAGGGGCCACAGGUCGUCCAUGGACCAGAAGCAGCCACAGAGUCGAAGCCGAUGUGGGAGCCGCAGCCAGACGCGCAGCAGAAACAGCUCCCGAAAGAACCUCAGGCCGCAUCGACGAAGACGCCUGACCAGCACUCCAGAAAGGAAUAUUGUCGAGAGCAAGCCAGCCCCACCGCCUCCCCCCCGGCGACGGAGACGGCGACGGAGACAGCGACGGAAGCGGUUGAUUCGUUUCUUGCUGCCCUGCCUCUACGACCGCCGUUAUGGCCAGGACCUCGAGUGGAUUGAUGAGGAGGGGGGCACUUUCCGCAUCCGCUGGAGUCAGCACCCAGGGAUUUCCCAGGACCCUCCUGUGAAAUUGUUUAAGGACUGGGCUGUCAUAAAGAAUAUGUGGAAUGAGGAUGACCCCAGAAACCUUGACAAGGCAAAGAACAGAGUUCAGAGCACCCUAGGGCGCAUGGAAUAUGUGAAAAAAGUGGAAAGCAAUGACGCCAACUACUGGUGCUUCAGAAUUGAAAACCAGCAGCUUCUGGAUGACACAAAACGCAGAUUGCGUCUGAAGCAGCAAAUGAAAGAUGGAAUUUCACAUAAUGUGAAGUACUGUCCCAUCCACAAAACGGACUAUGCACCCUGCUGCUGCGAGUGCUCUUCAUUAAGGACGCCACCUGUGGCCGUAUUUCCUGACCAGGAAGAAGGAGAUGUUACACAUUUCCGCGACGAGUUUGAGCUCUUCUCUACACAGAUGACCCCUCAUGUUUCAUGUUGGUUCAAGAUGGACGAUUCAGGGGAAGUGGAGUUAACAGGGCCAGAUGUCCCCUCUUUCUUGUAAUAUUACUCAUAUGUUGAUUUUAUUAUUCGAAUUCCUCUUUUUAUGAAAAGCCAAGGAAGCAGCUUGGCUAUGAUGCACAGUUUUAGUC